GCAUCCUCACUCCCUCCGCCGCACCUUUGACCUCCAAUUCGGCACCGACGACCAAAUCAGCGAUCGGCACUGACAUAUCCGGCAGCGCCACAUCGCCAUGGCGUCGGGGCGGUCCUCAACUAGACGUGGGGCUGACCAGAUUGGCCGCGCGGCGAGCUCACGCGGCUGCGGAACCCCCUCCGUCUACGACAACUACGAGGCGUGGAAGAAGCGCUCCGACAUGGAGAGCGGUGGAGCUUACACUGUUGGUGAUUUUAUGACUAAAAGGGAAGAACUUCAUGUCGUGAAACAAACUACUUCAGUUGAUGAAGCUCUUGAGAGGCUGGUGGAGCAUAGGAUAACCGGCUUUCCUGUUAUCGAUGAUGACUGGAAUUUGGUAGGUAAUGCUAUUAUUUUAUUGUAGCAGGCAUAUCGUUUGUGAUAUGGAACUUGGGCUCCUAUUGAUAUUCAUAUGUAGUCAAACAUGUAUAUAGAACAGAUAUGGAAGGGACUCGAGUUUCCUUGUCAUCUAAAUGUGCAAAUCACCAUACUCUUGUAUUGGCGAUUUUAUUUUGAACUGUGCCAAAUUAUUACUCUCCCAAAAUUCUAUUUAUAAACUAGAAUAGGUA